GCGGCAGUGAAAGCUUUUCAUCUUGGUUUGCAGUAAAAGAUAGAGAAUAGUUUUACAAGUUUCGCAUUCCGAGUUUGUUUCAAACGUAGAAAUAUCAGAAACAUGGCGGCACAAAUUGAAGGUGUGUUCGCGAAAGGACUUCAGGAGAAAAUUGCUAAGUCGAAGGUACUGGUAGUUGGAGCAGGCGGUAUUGGAUGUGAAGUUUUGAAGAACCUAGUUAUGUCGGGAUUCUUAAACAUAGAGAUCAUCGACUUGGACACUAUCGAUGUGAGCAACUUAAACAGACAAUUUUUGUUUCACAAAGAGCAUGUCGGAAAAUCGAAGGCAAAUGUGGCUCGCGAAAGUGCUCUUACCUUCAAUCCAAAUGCGAACAUCAAAGCUUACCAUGACAGCAUUUCUACCUCUGACUACGGUGUCAACUUUUUCCAACAGUUUUCUCUCGUACUUAAUGCACUCGAUAAUCGGGCGGCUCGCAACCACGUGAACCGCUUAUGUCUAACGGCAGACAUUCCACUGAUUGAAUCCGGCACCGCAGGGUAUAACGGCCAGGUUGAGCUGAUAAAACGAGGACUGACACAGUGCUACGAGUGCGUUCCUAAGGCGGCACAAAAAUCGUUUCCCGGAUGCACCAUUCGCAACACACCAUCCGAGCCAAUUCACUGUAUAGUCUGGGCGAAACAUUUGUUUAAUCAACUUUUCGGCGAAUACAACGACGACGAGGAAGUAUCUCCAGAUACAGCUGAUCCUGAAGCUGGUGCCGACGUUGGAAAAGCGGCUUUAGCGAAAGAGGCGAACGAAAAGGGAAACGUAGAUCGUGUGAAUACACGCGCCUGGGCCAUUCAGUGUAAGUUUGAUGUUAAGAAAGUUUUCAAUAAACUAUUCGUCGACGACAUUCAAUACUUGCUGAGCAUGGCCAACUUGUGGAAGAAUCGGCAGCCUCCAAUUCCUACCCAGUGGGAUUCACUCGACGAACAGGAAUGCAAUGAAAAUGUUGCUGCUACUGACAGCGUGCUACGAGACCAGCAAGUACCCAGCCUAGCCCAGUCGGCCAGAAUGUUUGCCUCGAGCAUCAAGGUUUUGAAAGAAGAUUUCAAAAAACUUCCAGAAGGUGAUCAUCUAGUGUGGGAUAAAGACUACAAACACGCCAUGGAUUUUGUUGCUGCUUGUGCCAACAUUCGGGCACAUGCAUUUGGAAUUACUUGCAAAAGCCGUUUCGAAAUCAAAUCAAUGGCUGGGAACAUUAUUCCUGCAAUAGCUACAACUAACGCGAUUACUGCUGGAUUCGUUGUGAUGCUGGCAUUUCGUGUUCUCAAGGAAGAGUACGACAAAUGUCGCUCGGUAUACGUACGCCUUCGUCUCAAUGGACGAAAUCAAGUGUUUGUUCCCGAGCGUACCAUCGUGCCACCGAAUCCAAAAUGUUACGUGUGUACGGCAAAACCGGAAGUGGUGCUUAGAGUAGACACGAAAAAUGUUACUGUUCGCGAAUUGCGUGACGAUAUUCUCAUCAAGGCACUAAACAUGAUCAGUCCGGACGUAGUUCUUGAUGGCACAGGUACAAUCGUAAUCUCGUCGGAGGAAGGUGAAACUGAUCGAAACUGUGAGAAAAAGCUCGAGCAACUGAACAUUGUCAAUGGGUGCGUGCUGAAGGCUGACGAUUUUGUGCAAAACUACGAGCUUAGCAUUACAGUGCUACAUAAAGAUCCUGCUCGCGAAGAAGCUCUUUUCGACAUUGUUGCUGAUCCUGAUUCGUUGAAACCGAAAGAAGCAGAAGAUGUCAUACACGAUGAUACGCUACCGUCUACUUCCGUUGCUGAAAACGGCAGCGCGUCUAGCAAUAAAAAAACACGGUUUCUUGCUAACACCGAUGAUGAUGACACCGACGUCUGCAUACUGAUCGAGAAUGAGGAACAAGCUUGUUCGUCAAGCGUGCCGUUCUCCAACCAAGCGAAACCCAGCACCAGCCGUUCGGGUGUAGAGAAGCGAAAAUAUACCGGCGAACCGGAAGAACCAGCGAGCAAGAAAAUGAAAGUAACAGUUCAACCAGAUGAAGAUGAAGAUGAUGUGAUCAUCAUGGAUGACUAAGUAUCUGGCAGCAGCAGAAAGCGUAUGAUAGUCGGUAGAAGGUGUCAUAUUUUUCUUCUUUCAUUUCACUUUGCAAACUUGUCGAUGUAAUAAAAAUUAACAAAACAUUUAAUAAAGCAUAUAU